AUGAUUGAUGAUGGUCAUGAUCGAUGACAUCAGUGCAUCCGCUCACCUGUCUCGCUCUCUCUCUCUCUCUCUCUCUCUCUUCAGGUGAUCAUGUGAUCUGUGGGAGCUAUGACUGCAAGCUGAGCUGGUUCGACCUCGACCUCUCUACCAAACCUUACAGGAUGUUACGGUACACCUGUCAAUCAUUCUCUGAAAAAGUGACCACCGUGCUCACACUGACAGAGCCCCAUCACGACCAAUCAAAACGUUCUUCAGUAAAACACGUCAGAACAAAGGGUCACUGUGGACCAUGGUCAUCAUGGCCACAUGGUCACAUGUCAGCCUUCAGCUGAGUUGUUGCUGCAGCGCCCCCGUGUGGUGUUCAGGUUCUAGUUGAUGUUUUCUUUUGUCACUUCCUCUCUGCAGACACCAUAGGAAGGCGGUGAGGAGCGUGGCCUAUCAUCGACUGUACCCGCUGUUCGCUUCAGCAGCAGACGACGGAUCCAUUAUCGUCUGUCACGGGACUGUGUACAAGUAAGACACGCAACUGCACAACAACACACAACAAGAAUACACACACAAAAAGAACACACACCACCUGCACAACAACACACAAUAACUACACACACACCUACAACAACACACAGUGGCCCUCAUUUAUCAAGCUUGCGUACGGCAGAAAACUUGCGUACACCUUGCAUACGUAAAUUUUGACGUGAGGAUCGGCAUUUAUCAAUCUGCACGUGAGCGUACACUACGACCAAAUCUCACGACAGGUCUGACAUCGUGUACACAAGUCUGAGUCAGUGUGGGUCUGCGGUGCAGCAAAUAUCUGUCUCAAAAUAAGUGAUAUACAAACCUCAAACCUGUCAUUAAGCACAAUCAGACAGAUUUCAUUAAAGCAGGGAUUCUUGAGAGUCGGGACAAAACACUCCCUAAAAAACUUUUUUGAGAAUGCACACCAUAUUGAUUAGAGUUAUUUAUUACUGUAAAUUACUGCUAUUUAACCCCGUAAAGGAACAGGCUCUAAAUAAAAACAAUUAUUCUAUAAAUUCAUUUCCCUUAGACAGUGGAUUUGUGUCAACUCCAUCAGACACAAUAAAAACAAUAAAAUUUUAAUAAUUCUAGUCCAACAAGAAUCUUAAGUUCUGAUGUAUGUUGUAAUAGUGUUUAGUUACUCUGAUAUGCCAUGAAAUAUAAUAUAUAAACCUAAUGUGUGAUUUCACACUAUUUUGAAAACCAAGAUUUCUAAAUAGUUGCAUUUUCAAACUUUGUUUUUAAUUUUUAUAUUGUAAAAACAAUUUCCGUAAGUAAAUAAGAGAUGAGAGGAUGUAGAGCCAAUGCUCCUUUAUUAUUUAAACAACAUAACCUGAGGAAACAAUUUUUUUUUCUCCAAAAAUUCAGAAAAACAUACACCUGACGGUGUUGACGAACACCUGACGGAGUUGAUAUCAUUGCGAUUGAACAAAUGUAACAAACUCGGUCCUUUAAUGCUGAACACACCAUCGACCCCCCCCUCUCUACUUGUUCUCCCUUUUGUCUGUGUGGGUCCUCGGGUCCACCACCACCACCACACACACACAUUUUUUAGAGAGAGAGAGAGAGAGAGGCAUUGCCCUGCAUUGGCUACUUCAUACUGGAUGUGAUCUCUAAUUGACAUUCCUUGAAAUCUGUAGCUUAGAAACAGGUUCAAUUAGCUUACUUAAGAUUUCAUUUCUGUUUUACCUGCACUGAAGUCGUGAGCAUCAGGCGUCGGACAUGCUCACGCUCUAUGAAGUCUAUCACAUCAGGAGCUAUACUGUAGAUCUCUCGUGUUCUUGACUGGACUGGUGAGGCAUUUCCGAUUAGUUUCACUAUGAUGUCUUGAAUUGGGCAGAAACAGACAUCCUUCCUGCCACACUUGGCCUGAACCCUUGCUGUUGGACCAUGGGGAUGCAGAAAUUCCACUUUCACGUCUUGAUGCUCAGUAUCCACAGCAAUGGUCUUGGCUAGCCACCAGUGGUCAUCAUAUACUACUGCUAACCAGUCUCCAUUAUUAAGACUGCUAACAGUCGGUACUCGCACAGUACCCUCAGGACCUUUCAGAGGCUCCUCUUCCAACUCCUCCAUCAUCCAUUUCCAUAUCGUCUUCCAUCUCCCCUUCCAUCUCAUUUUCCAUCUCCUCCCACAACAUAGCCAGUGGUCUCUUAUUCCUAGCCCCCCGUGUAUCACUCUGCUGUUCCUCUGGGUAGCCAUGAAAAUAGAAGGUAGUUGGGCAGAAGCACUGGCAAUGCAACAUCUCACUGCAAAAGCAAGAUAGUUGUCUGUGGUGGAUCCUGUUCUCAUGUGCGAUUACCUGGUGAAUUUGUCUUGAGAGGCUCCAUGAGAAGUGUAUCGUAUCUUUGCAUGUCUUCUUCAGCAAUGUGGUACAACUGAAUGCCCCUCAGACUGUCUGAGACCUUUUCAAAGAAUGUGUGUCCAUCUGUGACAUCAUUUCCACUCAGGACCAGGUUGUCAGCUGUUCUUUUUACUGUUCCACCGAUUCCGUCAGGUGCGCCCUUGCCAUGGGAAGUGAGGAAGAAGUUCCAUGUUGCUCUUUCAAAUCCCAGUGUAGGUGGGACACUAGACAGAAGAAAAAAGUUCUUCUUGUUCUUGUACUGUUUACUUGGGCCAUCAGACCAAAAGUGCAUGGUGGCAACCUGUGGAUAUUUCAUCUUGACAUCUUUUAGGACAGGAUCCAGGUGUGUCCAGAUUGCUGCAGCAUCCUGUCUCUUUGACUCUGACAGUGUGCAAAACGCUGCCUUUCCACCCUUCGUGUAAUACAUUCUGGUAUGGAAUGUUAUCAGAUUUUGUCCAAAAUGGCAUGCUUGAACUUCAGAUUGAUAUUUGCAUCUCCAGGAUUCUGAUUGCUGUACUUUCAUCACAGGAUUCAGUCGUGCUUCUGUAUACUUUUGACUGGUUUCGUACUGAACACACAUGCUUUGUGGUUUCAUUUCUGAGUUUUUGCUCAUAGACUUUGAUGAGCUCUGAAAGGACCCCACUAUGUUGGAUGAGCUUAGUGUUGAUGUGGAUUCCAUUGCCUGUGUCUUCUUGAACUCUCUCCCACUGCUUCCACUGAACGUGGAUUUUGUCUUGCUCUUGGGUUGUAACUGUACCUUUCUUUAGACAUCGUGAGCAGGUGCGAAGAAGGCAGGCCUCAGUUGCUGGAGAGCAACAAACUAAGUGAAAACUGUCAUCAAGUUUGUUUGACUUCACAAUACCAGACGUUCUAAGGACCUCGAGCAUUAAGCAUUUUCAUGUGUUUGACAGAGACAUGUCUUCCGAUCAGAUUCUUUUGGUGCUGUGACAUAGAAGGGCUUCAGAGCACAAAAUGAAGAAUAGCUCAGCUUUACAGUGGGGUUCCUAAUGAGGAAAUCAGUGUGGAGGUUGAUCAUGGAGUUCAUCAGGAUCAUUCUCUGCUGCUUGAUCUUGUUCCUGGUGAUUGUGUCAGUCUUGUCAGUUGUCACACGUGCAGAAUUCAGGAAGAAACCCUGAACAGUCUGUGUUAUACCCUGUAGGAAUGUUGGCUUUUUCUUUGGCUGUUUCUUUUCUCUCGUUAACUUGUAUGUUAACCCAAACUGGUGGAUAUGGUGAAGGAGACGAUACUUUUUAAGAAUCUUGCCUGAUGACACACUCAGUGCAGGUUUGUGGCGCCGUGGCCCAGGAGCUUGUUUGCAUUUCUUUAGCUCUCUUCUGAUGAUGUUGAUGAUGAUGAAUAGAAGGGCUUUUUUGAUUUGUGGAUUUCUUAUUUUGCUUCCUGAUAGCAUCUUCUUUGUUUCUGUGCCUGGAGAGUCCAGUGGUGUUUUAUUUGUAGCCCUUUUUCUGCGAUAAAUUCUUUUUAGCAGUUUGUUUCGUUGCUUUGUUACAUUCUUAAGCUUCUGUUUCAAAGUUUUUAUUUCUCUUGCAUGCCUUUUUUGCGUUUUUGCUCUUUCUGUUUGCUGUCUGAGAGACUGUCUGUUGUGUCUGGCAUCGUAUUCUAGAUUAUCCUGAUCUUGCGGACUGUCUGGGGGGGUGUCUGCCUCCAGCACUGCACCUUCAUGGGACUUUUUCUCUCUGGACCUUUUCUGUGCCUCUCUACUUUCUCCGAUACCUCUUCUCCCUGUCUCCCAUCAUGUCUAUUUGUACUACUUUUUUUGUCUUGAACUCUCUUUUUCCAUCUUUGUCUUUCAGUCUCCUGCAUGGCUUCUUUUCUCUCUGGGUCACUAUUUAAUUUUUCUCUUCUCUUUCGUUGGUACUCUCUAUUUCUUCUCCUUUGCUCCUCAACUGACAGUUUAUGUCUAGCCAUGUUUUCCUAUUACAAAAUACAGAAAAAUGUAUUUGAAUAAGACUAUAGAAUCAGAUGUCCAUUUACUUAACAUGACUGAUUGAUUGAUAUAAAAUCUUAAAGGUGCAGUGUGUAGUUUACACAACCAUGUGUUUACACAACCAUCAGACCAGAAGUGCACCAUGCACUUCUGGUCUGAUGGUCCAAGUUAACAAUGUAAAAAUAAUAACCUUUUUCUUCUGUCUGGUAUCCCACCUACACUGGGGUUUAAAAGAGCAACAUAGAACUUCUUGCGCACUCUAUAAGAAGCCAGUGUGGAGAUUUUCGGUAGUGAAAACUACACACUGCACCUUAAGGAUUGUACAUUAAUCAAUCAAUCAAUCAAUCAAUCAAUGAGAUUAGGUGUGUGUGUGUGUGUGUGUGUGUGUGUGUGUGUGUGUGUGUGUGUGUGUGUGUGUGUGUGUGUGUGUGUGUGUGUGUGUGUGUGUGUUGGGAAAGUUUGAAAGUUAUAAUUAAGCAGACAGCCUGCCCAUGGUCUACUCUACAAGUCAGAAGUAUAUGGUAAAAUAAUGUAAUGUAUGCUAUAUAUGUACAUUAAUGUGCAGAUAAGACCCUGGAAUAACAUUGUUAUCCUUAACCAUGUUCAAAAAUAGCACAAUGUCAGCACAUUAAGAGGUUAUAGGUGGAUUUGUCAACUCCAUCAGCUUACAUGUCAACUCCGUCAGACACAAAAUCUGACGGAGUUGACGUAAGGGCGUGUAUUUUCCCUCCAAAACAUUUAUUGAACAGUGCAGCUAGCUACUUUUUUGGCAGUUGCUAGCUGUCCUGAUAAUCUCACUAAAAUACUUUAAUUGAACUCACUAUGGUUUAAAAAAAAGUAUAAUAACAGAGAGACGGUGUUGAUAUGGUCCAGCUGUGACCAUACAAAUAUUGUGUGGUGGUGUUGCAUUCACCAGAAGCAGGAAAUGAAAAGGGGUCCUCAGGGAUAUAGCUGACCAUGAUAUUGCAUGAUUUAAUGAGGUUUAUAGAAUAAUCUGACGGAGUUGACAGAAACUGAGGACACAACUUUGAUAGGCAGAUUUUUAGGCACAAAGUUUAUUGAUGUUCAGGCCUAUUUUAUAUAUUUAUAGCCCUGAAUUUUUAUUUGAUGUAUAUGUUUUCACAAUUGUAGAGUUUUUUAAAGUUUUUUGGGGCUGGUCAAUAUUGUGACCUCUUGCUGAGGACACAAGCAAUAACAUGGACCUUCUAACCACAGAGGAUUCAUUUAAACAAAUACCCCCCCCCAAAAAGUAAACAUCUGUGCUGAAACAUAGAAUUGGUAUACACAAAUCCUUUAGAUUUAACUUUGUAAGUAUGAAUAACAUUUAGAAUUUCUUAAUUUUUUAGAAUAAAUUAGACUUUUCUAUGUACGACAUGUUUUGUCCUGACUCUCAAGAAUGGGUGAAAGAUUAAGACGUAAAUAAAAUAAAAUAAAUUUGUUAUGUCCUUAGUCAAUAGGCCUAUUUGAUAACUCUGCCCAGAAACACAGCCACAGAGCAGGAGCGCCGUUUCAACGUUGCGCACACACACACACGGGGACGUUGUUGUACACUCCAGAAAGGGUGUGGGACAUCAUUUGAGCCAGUACAGUUUUGCACAAUGUUGCUCUGGCGAGUGGAGUGCUGUUGGCUGUGCCGGUAUGUGAGGACCCGAUGCCCGGAGAACAAUAACGAGGAGAGACUCCACAAAGGCGCUGCACAGAGGAGACAGGACCUUAUCGAUGGAUUCUGACAUGUAAAGUAUAAGUUAAGUGCUCUUGCUAUUUAAUCAGUGAUAAAAAUCCAAUAGAAAUCCAUAAAAAUGUGCCUCAGGGGCAGCAACACACAGUUUAGUGACGUUAAUAAUUAUUUUUGUUCAGCCUCUGUCAGACUCUCCAGUCUGCUCUACAUUACACAGAUGCAACAAGUUAAAACUGAAUACUUUCAACAAUAGGAGCAACAUAACCUUUGUCAUAACAAUAAACAAACAUGAGGUAUGUAUAAGAUAUUAAUUUAUCAUCAUGAGCAACUUAUUGACAAAUGAUUUAUUCAAACUUCAGCCACUGUCCACUAUUCGGCGGCAGCGCCGUUCAGCGCCUCCAUAAUCCUGCUCCAGACAGGAGUUUUCUGGACUGCUUUCAUACCAGUUUUGAUGCUUCCAAAGAGAAAAUCCUUGUUAGUUUCCACCACAGACGCGAGGAUAUCCACUUUCAGCUCGGAAAAGUUUCGAAUCUUUCUAAUAUUUCUCCUCUUUCAUGUUUGACCUCAGUGGGCGAGGCUUCUGAACCAUGAAUAUUUAAGGGCAUAAACAUGUUAUAGACGAUCGACUUCAGCCGCCGCAUUUAUCAAGACCCCACCAUAUGUACGCUGGGAUUGGUCAGAUACGAACCCUUUCAUAAAUCUCACGUGUGUCCUAUUGUACAAUGAAUCCUGCGCUCAGAUGUGCGCUCAGAUCUGCACAAGGGCUAGAGAUGGCAGCUCCUCAAUUAAGGUCGCUGCAGAGGGUGUCCUUCACAAUUUCUCAAAUAAGAUGGAUAUGGUGUGUGUAAGUUUGUACCCACUGGUAAGACAAACACCCUUUUCCACAAAUAAAGAAACUCGCAUAAAGUUGCAUAUAUUCAAACCUCACAUGACAAAGGUGGGUUGUGCACACAGAUCACAACAUAAAUUCCAAUAAUGGCAUUAAAAUCGGGACCAUCUGUGCGUAAUGACGCAUCGUGCUCCGUGGCCUGGCUCUUUCUUUCAUAGAUGUUGGCAUGUAAAAUAAAUUUGGCUCACAAAAUGGAAUAUUAUAAUAUUCGUAUGUAGGCUCAAAGUAAAUAACUCAUCUGAUCACUGAAACAAAUCAUCUGUUCAGCCGCCGCAACAGCAGCAGGUGCAGCAGGACGGAGAGAGGACACGAACACACGUCAGGUGUUGUGCCAUAGUAUGCACCCCUGCCGUAAAAUGCCCCCCCCUGAUUCUACAGCGUGUGCCUUUAAUGAUUUCAUUCAGGCUAUUCAGAUAUGCCGAAAACAACAGCCCUCUGAUUCGGAAUAUUUGCUGCCCCGAAAAUAUAAUGUUCUCUACCAUGACAGCUAACUGUACAGUUUAAAUACGCAAAUACACCUCUCUAUGUGCUUUUUUUAAACACCUAAAAACAGAACGAAAGUUUGCUGCUCCAUUUGACAUGUUGUCAUGAUCCAAUACUCGUGUUUUUUUAAAUAUGAGAUAAUUUUUUUUCCACUUUAAGAAGCUAAUGAGUGGAUGGGAUGCAGGGGUGCAUUCUACGGCAUAACACCUAUCAAGCUGCGCGAGGAAGAAGGAGGAUAAGCGGGGAGACGAAGUAAAUAUCUUGUUAACUUCAUCAUGUGUGACUGUUUACUGGAUAUUUAAUUUAAUGCGGUUUCAGCUGUGUUAAUUCGGUCAGGUGGAGUGUCCAAACGCGCUCAUCAGAUCAGCUAUAGAUCAGAGUAUAUCGAUAUAGAUUUACAUGUAUGUGCUGACUCAGAAUAAAACUACAGCGGUCUGCUCCGUGUCGCUCCUUUUAAAACCAAACCACGACCACACAACCGACGUUGCCCCCCGUUUCGGCAGCAGCUCCUCCGUCUGCGUUGGCUCGUCUGCGUUUGAUGCACGAGAAUUGUCAUCUCUUUCGCCACAAUAACCCGGCUCCUCCAUGCUUGUUUGUGUUUUUCACAGUGGCCGUAGCGCGUGCGGGCAUGCAGUAUAUGGAGCGUCACGACGUAAAACACUGCCGUAAAGCGUGUUUUUGCGACACCGUGAUAGAAACGAUAGAGCUCAUGUAUCCCGAUAGAAAUUUUCUAUCGUUUAGACGAAACAAAUCGUUAUAUCGUGCAGCCUUACUACCCCACAACAACACACAGAACUACCCACACAAUAACUACACACACUACCACACAACAAUACACAAUAACUACAUACACCUGCACAACAACACACAAUAACUAUACACAAACUUACCGCUCACAAUAACUACGCACAACUGCACACUCUACUCCACAACAACACACUAUUGCACAACAACACACAAUAACUACACAUGAAAACUACACACACAACUGCACAACAACACACAAUAACUACACACAGUUCUGCACAACACACAAUAAUACACACAACUGCACAAUACACAAUAACUACCCACACAAUAACAGCACGCACAACUGUACAACAACGCACAAUAACUACACACACAACUGCACAACAACGCACAAUAACUACACGCACAAUAACUAUACACACUACUUCACAACAGCACACAAUAACUACACACAGAGCUGCACAACAACACAAUAACUAUACACUACUCCGCACAACUGCAAAACAACACACAAUAACUUCACACACCUGCACAACACUGUGUGAUCACACUCACUCUUAAGCACUUUGUACACACAGAAAUAAAUGCUGCUUCACACUGAUUGGCUGUUGGUGUAACAGUUCUAAUUAACUCCGCCCCUACAGUGACCUGCUGCAGAACCCGCUGAUCGUCCCUGUGAAGGUUCUGAGAGGUCAUGUGAUCACUCAUGAACUUGGGGUUCUGGAUGUGACCUUUCACCCAACACAGCCAUGGAUCUUCUCCUCUGGAGCGGACGCCACCAUCCGUCUUUUCACCUAGAAACCUGGCAACCACCCCUGGCAACCACUCUAGCAACCACCCUAGCAACACAAUAUGGACACGAAGUUGGCUCUGUCAUUACAGCUUGUGUUUGACCUUUGACCCUGUUACUGUUUGUUUCAAAAUAAACUGACACUUCUCAACACUGUUUGUUGUAACCAUGACAACUGCAAAAGGAGGCUUCAGACUUCAGGCUUCUGACACAAGUCAGACACUCCCCUGUCCCUGCCUCACUGAGCAUGCUCAGAGAGCAGGUAAACUCACAUGUCAGUGGUCACUGAGUGUGCUCAGUCAAAAUAAAUGAAGUCAUAAAGUAAAUAAAGUCAAAGUUAAAAAGUUAAUAAAAUUGUACAUUAAAUAAAGUCAUAAAGUAAAUUAAAAAAAUAAAGUUAGGAAGUAAAUAAAGUAAAUUCAUCCUGUAAAUAGAGUCAGGAAGUAAAUAAAGUGAUUAAAGUUAAGAAGUAAAUAAAGUCAUGAAGUUAAUACAGUCGUAAAGUAAAUAAUGUUAUGAAGUGAAUAAAGUUAGGAGUAAAUAAAAUAAAGCAGGACGGGGAGAGGACACGGACACAUGUCCAAGUCGAGCCUUGGGAGAAAUAAGAGGAAAAGGAAGAAAGAAAAGGAGGGAGACAAAUUCCAUAUCUUGUUAACUUCAUCAUUUGUGUCUAUUUACUAUUUACUAUUUAGAUGUUUAAUUAAAUUUAAGGCGGUUUCAGCUGUGUUGAUUCGGUCAGGUUGUGUGUCCAAACGCGUGCCAAACGCGCUCAUCAGAUCAGAUAUAGAUCAGAAUAUAUCUAUAUAGAUCUAAAUGUAUGUGCUGACUCAGAUUAUUAGUUGUUGAUGAUUAUUUAUUGCACUGAAAUGUUCCUGACACUGUGGAAACCUGCCGGUGAGGCAUCAGUGACAUAUGCCAAUAUGCCGCCGGUCUACCAAAAUACCACUAGACCAGCUGCGCUCCACCUGAGCUGAAAGCUGACCAGGUUUGAACUGGUGAGCUUUCAGCGCACUUUAUACGCCACCGGCGAGCACGAAAAUGCCUCUGCGCCAGCUGAUUCUGUCGACACCUCCCCCUGCCACGCCACCACGCCCAGCUUGGCGGACCUCAGUGCGCCUUGGUCUACGAAAAUACCAAACUGGCUGUGCGCCAGGCUCCGCCAGACGAAAAUACCACUGCUCGGGGUCCGCCACCCUCCAGCACCUCACCGGCGGACACAAAAAUAGAGCCUAUGAAGUUAAUAAAGUCAUGAGGUUAUAAAUAAACUUUAGAGUAAAUAAAGUUAUAAUAAUGUAAAUAAAGUCAAAAUGUAAAGAAAGCAAAAAAGUAAAUACAGUAAUUCAGUAAAUUAAGUCAGAAAGUUAAUAAAGUCUUAAAGUAAAUAAAGUUAUGAAGUAAAUAAAGUCGUAAAGUUAACAAAGUCAAAGUGAAUAAAGUUGUGAAUUAAAUAAAGUCAUAAAGUAAAUAAAGUUAUGAAGUAAACUAAGUAAAUAAAGUCGUUGGGGUUAGGGUUAGGGUUAGGGUUAGGGUUAGGGGUUAGGGGUUAGGGUUAGGGGUAAGGUUUUGGGAAAGAAUCCCGUCUCCCCUAAAUUGCCCUACUUGGGUCGGCGGGGAGCGGGGAAUGCACGGGCCUUCGCCCACUGGACACGCUCCCCCGGUCCCAGAAAGACACUUAUUUGUGUUAUGAAUUAAAUUGUUUUUAAUAAAUUAGUUUUAGUGUGUUGUGUAAUUCAUAUUUGUUAAAUUAAUCCAUUUUUUUAGGUUUUUAACUGUUGUUUACACACAAACACACAAACAAACAAACAAACAAACUAUACAUGAACACACUUGAACUAUGUAUAUGAUGUGUGCACCGCGACGACGUUUCGACCUAGUUUGGUCUUCUUCAGGUCUAUGCACACACAGCUUUCAUAGCUGCUGGGCCCCAGUUCAUAGGGGUUUACCCAGCAAGCAUCUGAAUGAAAAUGAAAAUUCCCUGUCCUGUUUUCCCUUUUAUACCCUUUGCUGAAGAAAAUAACUGAUUUUCUCUCGGAUAUUUAGUUUAAAUUCAACUUUAUUUAGUUUGUAGAUGUUAACCCUUUAAAUGCUGUUUGUUUUUUAAUCUGAAUAAUAUAUUUAUAUUUCUCCUGUGGUUAGGCUUAAAGUGACCCCUAGGGUUAGGGUUAGGGUUAGGGUUAGGGUUAGAAUCCGAGGCCAGGGCUAGGGUUAGGGUUAGGGUUAGGGUUAAGGCCACGGUUGGGGCUAGAUGGCGCUAGGGUUAGGGUUAGGGCCCUCAUAAUGGUUAGGGUUAGGGCCAGGGCCACGGUUGGGGCUAGAAAUGAAUCCCGUCUCUCCUAUAGUGACCCUACUUGGGUCUGCGGGGAGCGGGAUAGCGCUAGGGUUAGGGUUAGGGCCCUCAUAAUGGUUAGGGUUAGGGCCAGGUCCACGGUUGGGGCUAGAAAUGAUUCCCGUCUCUCCUAACGUGACCCUACUUGGGUCUGCGGGGAGCGGGAAAUGCUGAAGCGCCAGGAUCAGGGUUAGGAUAAGUAGCACUGUUAGGGUUAGGGUUAGGGUUAGGUUUAUGGAUAAAGGGGGACUGUCUCCUAGAAUAGGAGACAGGAGGUGCACGGUCCAUCCCCCUGUUCCCCGUCCCCCACGACCCCGUUUGGUACUGCUGAUUAGGGUUAGGGUUAGGGUUAGGGUUAGGGGUUAGGGUUAGGGUUAGGGUUUAGGGUUAGGGUUAGGGUUAGGGUUAGGGGUUAGGGUUAGGGUUAGGGUUAGGGGUUAGGGUUAGGGUUAGGGGUUAGGGUUAGGGGUUAGGGUUAGGGUUAGGGUUAGGGGUUAGGGUUAGGGUUAGGAUAUAGGGAUAUGUGCCACUUUUGACAUGGCGGUUCAUUGCCUUUCCCAUGGAUGAACCGGGCUGAGAUUUGGUCUACCCCCCCAUUUUCGGGUAUGCUGAAUCUAGAAAUAGUAAUGAACCAGCGAUCGGACAUUCCUAUCAAAAGUUAUGGCGAAGUGAAAAUUUCCCAUUGAAAAUGAAUGGGAGCGGAAAAAUGGCCAAAGUCAGUGUUUGCAAGUGUUGUACUUGUGUGGAACUGUUGAAAAUGCAUUGUGAGCACGUUUCAGGCCAUUUCCUGUCAUUUGAGGGCGACUUUGCAAAAAGGGGUGUCAUAAUGCUUUUGACCAGAGGUGGCGCUGCACAUGUCCGACGGUUAGGGUUAGGGUGAGACUUUGGGCAAGGGGUUAGGGUUAGGGUUGGAGCUAGGGUUAGGGUUAGGGGUUAGGGUUAGGGUUAGGUUUUUGGGUAAGUAUCCCGUCUCCCCUAAGUUGCCCUACUUGGGCGGCGGGGAGCGGGGAAUGCACGGUCCUUCGCCCACCGGACACGCUCCCCCGGUCCCACAGGAAACACGACUUGUGCUUAAUAAAUGUUGUUGUUGACUUGGUUUUAAUGUGUUGCGUUAUUGUUUUUAAAUAGUUUCCAUUUUUUUAGGAUUUUUUGUUUUUGUUUUUAAAUAAUUUCCAGUUUUUUAGGAUUUUUUUGUUUUUUAUAUACACAACACACAAACAAACAAACAAACAAACAAACAAUACAUGAUCACACAGGAACUAUGUACAUACAUUGUGCGCGUCGACGACGUUUCGACCCUACUUGGGUCUUCAUCAGGUCAUGCGCACAAAAAGAAUGGCUGCUGGGCCCCAAUUCAUAGGGGUGUGUACCCAGCAGGCAGCCAAAUAAAAAUGAAGUUAUCCCUGUUCCCCUCUCCCUUUUAUACCCUUGGAGAAAUAAUUUACUGAAUUUUCUUAAAUAAUUUGUGUUAUUUUGUACUCUAUUUAGUUUCUGAAUGUUAACCCUUUAGACGCUGAUUGUUUUUUAAUGCAUGAUAUAUUUAUCUUAUGUUAACCCUUUAGACGCUGAUUGUUUUUUAAUACAUGAUAUAUUUAUCUUAAUGCUGAGGUUAGGCUUCAAGUGACCCCCUAGGGUUAGGGUUAGGGUCAGUAUUAGGGUCAGGGCUAGUAUCCGAGGUUAGGGUUAGAUCCUGAGGUUAGGCUUCAAGUGACCCCUAGGGUUAGGGUUAGGGUCAGUAUUAGGGUCAGGGCUAGUAUCCGAGGUUAGGGUUAGAUCCUGAGGUUAGGCUUCAAGUGACCCCUAGGGUUAGGGUUAGGGUCAGUAUUACGGUUAGGGUUAGUAUCCAAGGUAGGGUUAGGGUUAGGGUUAGGGCCACGAUUGGGGUUAUGGCAAGCGCUAAGGUUAGGGUUAGGGUUAGCGCGAUGGUUAGGGCUAGGGUUAAGUGCCAGGUUAGGGCUUACGGCAUCAGCCGCCCGGACUGCGGGUCGGCUGGAUCUCUAAUAUGUGCAGAUUUUGCAGGUUGGGGACCGAGGAAACGCACCAACGAUGGACGAGGCACUGGCGGGUAAGGUUUUUGGGUAAGUAUCCCGUCUCCCCUAAGUUGCCCUACUUGGGCGGCGGGGAGCGGGGAAUGCACGGUCCUUCGCCCACCGGACACGCUCCCCCGGUCCCACAGGAAACACGACUUGUGCUUAAUAAAUGUUGUUGUUGACUUGGUUUUAAUGUGUUGCGUUAUUGUUUUUAAAUAGUUUCCAUUUUUUUAGGAUUUUUUGUUUUUGUUUUUAAAUAAUUUCCAGUUUUUUAGGAUUUUUUUGUUUUUUAUAUACACAACACACAAACAAACAAACAAACAAACAAACAAUACAUGAUCACACAGGAACUAUGUACAUACAUUGUGCGCGUCGACGACGUUUCGACCCUACUUGGGUCUUCAUCAGGUCAUGCGCACAAAAAAGAAUGGCUGCUGGGCCCCAAUUCAUAGGGGUGUGUACCCAGCAGGCAGCCAAAUAAAAAUGAAGUUAUCCCUGUUCCCCUCUCCCUUUUAUACCCUUGGAGAAAUAAUUUACUGAAUUUUCUUAAAUAAUUUGUGUUAUUUUGUACUCUAUUUAGUUUCUGAAUGUUAACCCUUUAGACGCUGAUUGUUUUUUAAUGCAUGAUAUAUUUAUCUUAUGUUAACCCUUUAGACGCUGAUUGUUUUUUAAUACAUGAUAUAUUUAUCUUAAUGCUGAGGUUAGGCUUCAAGUGACCCCCUAGGGUUAGGGUUAGGGUCAGUAUUAGGGUCAGGGCUAGUAUCCGAGGUUAGGGUUAGAUCCUGAGGUUAGGCUUCAAGUGACCCCUAGGGUUAGGGUUAGGGUCAGUAUUAGGGUCAGGGCUAGUAUCCGAGGUUAGGGUUAGAUCCUGAGGUUAGGCUUCAAGUGACCCCUAGGGUUAGGGUUAGGGUCAGUAUUACGGUUAGGGUUAGUAUCCAAGGUAGGGUUAGGGUUAGGGUUAGGGCCACGAUUGGGGUUAUGGCAAGCGCUAAGGUUAGGGUUAGGGUUAGCGCGAUGGUUAGGGCUAGGGUUAAGUGCCAGGUUAGGGCUUACGGCAUCAGCCGCCCGGACUGCGGGUCGGCUGGAUCUCUAAUAUGUGCAGAUUUUGCAGGUUGGGGACCGAGGAAACGCACCAACGAUGGACGAGGCACUGGCGGGUAAGGUUUUUGGGUAAGUAUCCCGUCUCCCCUAAGUUGCCCUACUUGGGCGGCGGGGAGCGGGGAAUGCACGGUCCUUCGCCCACCGGACACGCUCCCCCGGUCCCACAGGAAACACGACUUGUGCUUAAUAAAUGUUGUUGUUGACUUGGUUUUAAUGUGUUGCGUUAUUGUUUUUAAAUAGUUUCCAUUUUUUUAGGAUUUUUUGUUUUUGUUUUUAAAUAAUUUCCAGUUUUUUAGGAUUUUUUUGUUUUUUAUAUACACAACACACAAACAAACAAACAAACAAACAAACAAUACAUGAUCACACAGGAACUAUGUACAUACAUUGUGCGCGUCGACGACGUUUCGACCCUACUUGGGUCUUCAUCAGGUCAUGCGCACAAAAAAGAAUGGCUGCUGGGCCCCAAUUCAUAGGGGUGUGUACCCAGCAGGCAGCCAAAUAAAAAUGAAGUUAUCCCUGUUCCCCUCUCCCUUUUAUACCCUUGGAGAAAUAAUUUACUGAAUUUUCUUAAAUAAUUUGUGUUAUUUUGUACUCUAUUUAGUUUCUGAAUGUUAACCCUUUAGACGCUGAUUGUUUUUUAAUGCAUGAUAUAUUUAUCUUAUGUUAACCCUUUAGACGCUGAUUGUUUUUUAAUACAUGAUAUAUUUAUCUUAAUGCUGAGGUUAGGCUUCAAGUGACCCCCUAGGGUUAGGGUUAGGGUCAGUAUUAGGGUCAGGGCUAGUAUCCGAGGUUAGGGUUAGAUCCUGAGGUUAGGCUUCAAGUGACCCCUAGGGUUAGGGUUAGGGUCAGUAUUAGGGUCAGGGCUAGUAUCCGAGGUUAGGGUUAGAUCCUGAGGUUAGGCUUCAAGUGACCCCUAGGGUUAGGGUUAGGGUCAGUAUUACGGUUAGGGUUAGUAUCCAAGGUAGGGUUAGGGUUAGGGUUAGGGCCACGAUUGGGGUUAUGGCAAGCGCUAAGGUUAGGGUUAGGGUUAGCGCGAUGGUUAGGGCUAGGGUUAAGUGCCAGGUUAGGGCUUACGGCAUCAGCCGCCCGGACUGCGGGUCGGCUGGAUCUCUAAUAUGUGCAGAUUUUGCAGGUUGGGGACCGAGGAAACGCACCAACGAUGGACGAGGCACUGGCGGGUAAGGUUUUUGGGUAAGUAUCCCGUCUCCCCUAAGUUGCCCUACUUGGGCGGCGGGGAGCGGGGAAUGCACGGUCCUUCGCCCACCGGACACGCUCCCCCGGUCCCACAGGAAACACGACUUGUGCUUAAUAAAUGUUGUUGUUGACUUGGUUUUAAUGUGUUGCGUUAUUGUUUUUAAAUAGUUUCCAUUUUUUUAGGAUUUUUUGUUUUUGUUUUUAAAUAAUUUCCAGUUUUUUAGGAUUUUUUUGUUUUUUAUAUACACAACACACAAACAAACAAACAAACAAACAAACAAUACAUGAUCACACAGGAACUAUGUACAUACAUUGUGCGCGUCGACGACGUUUCGACCCUACUUGGGUCUUCAUCAGGUCAUGCGCACAAAAAAGAAUGGCUGCUGGGCCCCAAUUCAUAGGGGUGUGUACCCAGCAGGCAGCCAAAUAAAAAUGAAGUUAUCCCUGUUCCCCUCUCCCUUUUAUACCCUUGGAGAAAUAAUUUACUGAAUUUUCUUAAAUAAUUUGUGUUAUUUUGUACUCUAUUUAGUUUCUGAAUGUUAACCCUUUAGACGCUGAUUGUUUUUUAAUGCAUGAUAUAUUUAUCUUAUGUUAACCCUUUAGACGCUGAUUGUUUUUUAAUACAUGAUAUAUUUAUCUUAAUGCUGAGGUUAGGCUUCAAGUGACCCCCUAGGGUUAGGGUUAGGGUCAGUAUUAGGGUCAGGGCUAGUAUCCGAGGUUAGGGUUAGAUCCUGAGGUUAGGCUUCAAGUGACCCCUAGGGUUAGGGUUAGGGUCAGUAUUAGGGUCAGGGCUAGUAUCCGAGGUUAGGGUUAGAUCCUGAGGUUAGGCUUCAAGUGACCCCUAGGGUUAGGGUUAGGGUCAGUAUUACGGUUAGGGUUAGUAUCCAAGGUAGGGUUAGGGUUAGGGUUAGGGCCACGAUUGGGGUUAUGGCAAGCGCUAAGGUUAGGGUUAGGGUUAGCGCGAUGGUUAGGGCUAGGGUUAAGUGCCAGGUUAGGGCUUACGGCAUCAGCCGCCCGGACUGCGGGUCGGCUGGAUCUCUAAUAUGUGCAGAUUUUGCAGGUUGGGGACCGAGGAAACGCACCAACGAUGGACGAGGCACUGGCGGGUAAGGUUUUUGGGUAAGUAUCCCGUCUCCCCUAAGUUGCCCUACUUGGGC